AUGCUGUCCCCACGAGCGAGCGACCGGCUCGCCUGGUCGAACCGGGUUGGGCCGUCCCAGCAGCAGCAGCAGCAGCAGCAACAUCCGAACCGAACGUCAAAACGGGAUGCCUUCCUGUUGCUGAUGGCCGUCAUCGUCAGGCCACCCGGGUCGGCCCCGGAAAAGUCGGAAGCACGGUUCAAAACGGAUUUUUCAUGUUCAUGGUCUUUUCUGGAAUUUCACUCAUUUCAGAUCCUCUUAGCCUGCAUCGGGUGCACUCUCGCACUUCCGGAACCACCGCGUGCGCGCAUAGUCGUACCGGCAAAGCAGCAGCAGCUCCCACAGUUCGAAUAUGGAGCUCCAAAGCCCGAGUACGGCCCACCAGCCGAAGAGUACGGUCCUCCACCACCGACCGUCUAUGGACCACCGGCACGUGAAUACGGUCCACCACCGAAACUGAUCACCAAAAACGUCUACGUGCACGUCCCGCCAGAAGAGCCCACCGAGAUCGUCCGGAGUCCCGUUCUGGAGACACCCGUACCCAAGAAGCACUACAAAAUCAUCUUCAUCAAGGCACCGGCUCCACCGUCCCCGAUCAAACAGGUGAUUCCACCCCAGCCGCAGGACGAACACAAAACUCUCGUCUACGUGCUGGUGAAGAAGCCCGAGGAACAGGCGCCACUGGAAAUUCCUGUGCCGGAAACCACCGAACCCAACAAACCGGAGGUGUACUUCAUCAAGUACAAAGAGGGCGAAAAGGAACCGCACAAGCAGUACGGUCCUCCACCACCAGGUCCCGCCUACGGUCCACCGUCUGGUCCGGCUCGGUAUCAGCAGUUCUGAGGGUCUAGAAUCA